GGUGGAGUAGCCGCCACUUCCUGGAGCCGCCGGCCGGGGCCGCUCGCCGCACUCAGCGCCGGAGCCGGGAGCCCGCGGCCGCCGCCAUGUCCCAUCAGACCGGCAUCCAAGCAAGUGAGGAUGUUAAAGAUAUUUUUGCCAGAGCAAGAAAUGGAAAAUACAGACUUCUGAAGAUAUCGAUUGAAAAUGAGAAACUUGUGAUUGGAGCGUGUAGGCAGCCUUUAGAUUCCUGGGAUAAGGAUUAUGAUUCCUUUGUUUUACCCCUGUUGGAGGACAAACAACCGUGCUACGUAUUAUUCAGGUUAGAUUCUCAGAAUGCCCAGGGAUAUGAAUGGAUAUUCAUUGCGUGGUCUCCAGACCAUUCUCAUGUUCGUCAAAAAAUGUUGUAUGCAGCAACAAGAGCAACUCUGAAAAAGGAGUUUGGAGGUGGCCACAUUAAAGAUGAAAUGUUUGGAACAGUAAAGGAAGAUGUGUCAUUACAUGGAUAUAAGAAAUAUUUGCUGUCACAGUCUUCUCCUGCCCCACUGACUGCAGCUGAAGAAGAAUUACGACAGAUUAAAAUUAAUGAGGUACAGACUGACGUGAGUGUGGACACUAAGCAUCAAACACUACAAGGAGUAGCAUUUCCUAUUUCUCGAGAAGCUUUUCAGGCUUUGGAAAAAUUGAAUAACAGACAGCUCAACUAUGUGCAGUUGGAAAUAGAUAUAAAAAAUGAAAUUAUAAUUUUGGCCAACACAAUAAAUACAGAACUAAAAGAUUUGCCAAAGAGGAUUCCCAGAGAUUCAGCACGUUAUCAUUUCUUUCUGUAUAAACAUUCCCAUGAAGGAGACUAUUUGGAGUCUAUAGUUUUUAUUUAUUCAAUGCCUGGAUACACAUGCAGUAUAAGAGAACGGAUGCUGUAUUCUAGCUGCAAGAGCCCUCUGCUAGAGAUUGUAGAAAGACAAUUACAAAUGGAUGUCAUUAGAAAGAUCGAGAUAGACAAUGGGGAUGAGUUGACUGCAGACUUCCUUUAUGAAGAAGUACACCCCAAGCAGCAUGCACAUAAACAAAGUUUUGCAAAACCAAAAGGUCCUUCAGGAAAAAGAGGAAUUCGAAGACUAAUUAGGGGUCCAGCUGAAACUGAAGCCACUACUGAUUAAAAUUAUUACAAUACUAGUUUUUUUAAAAGUCCAGCUUUUAGUACAGGAGAACUGAAAUCAUUCCACGUUGAUGUAUAGUAGGGGAAAAAAUUGUACUUUUUGAAAAUCAGCACUUUUCACUUCUGUGUGUUUUUAAAAUUAAUGUUAUAGAAGACUCAUGAUUUCGAUUUUUGAGUUAAAGCUAGAAAAGGGUUCGACAUAAUGAUGUUUAAUUUCAUCACAGUUUUCAUAGAGUGAUGAUUCCACACUUUCACAUAGUUCUUAAAAUUUUAUAGAGUUGGGCCAAUUCCAGAAAAUCUAAAGUAAGAUACAAUUCUUAUUACUCUUCGGUGAUACAUCACUUUUUUUUCAUUAAGGGAGAGAGAAAGACCUUAAAAUGUUCAUUCCACUUAAUGAAUAUGUUAAGGACCAGAUUAGAUUAUUUUCUAAGCUGAAAACUUCAUGUGCCUAGGAAAAGGUGCUCUGAAGAGCAGUGCUCACUCAGACUGUGAGAUCAUGUCUACAACUUUUAGAAACUGUGCUUUACUGCAGCAGUCUUUUCUAUUUGACUUUUUUGUUUUUUAAAUGGCAUUAAAAUUUCAGAAAAUCAACUCACUCUGAAACAUUAAGGGUACCAGAUAUAUACUGCAGGAUUUCUGAUGAUGUUGAAAGACACGUUUAAACUGCUUUAGUAAAUGCUCUUUCUAGUGCUUUAAAAAUUUUGCAUUUCAAAAGUAAGUCGUUUCAUUAUAUGUAGUGUGAGACCAAAUAUUUAUGUCCAAUUGAAUAUUAAAUUAAUAUCAUUCAAAAGCAAAACUAAAGUCAACAAUAUUGAAAAAGUUUUAAACAUCGAUUGAUUUCUCUCUAAAACCAUAUAUUUAUAGGCAAAUAUUCAGAUUUAACAAAAUUAUUUUAAAGUCCUAGUACUCAUCAGCCUAACACAGAUAAACGAAUCUUGUUUCAAUUUAUAUCUUAUUUCAAAACACAGUUAACUGUUUUCUAAAGCUUUGCAUUUUCAGUUACAACCUACAGAGAUUUUGAGCCUCGUUUUCUUUGAUACUUGAAAUAGAGGGAGCUAGAAAACUUCAUCAUGUUUAAUCUGAUAAACCUGCUGCAAGAGCCAUACUUUAGAGGACUUUUCUAAACGAACUGUGGGGAUCCGGGAUUUAGAAUUUCUUGAUCUAAACUUUAUGCUGCAUAAAACAAAUACCAGAAAUGUACAUUUCAUAGUAUAAAAUAUGAAACACUCAUUUUUACACUUUAUUAUCUAAGGUAAUAUAUGCAUCUUUCACAAAUUCAAUGUGUGUUCAACUAAAAGCAUGUUAGAAUAAUUAUGAGUUGACAGAUUUUUUUUUUUUCCUAGAAUUAAGAGUAUUUGUGUGGGGUUUUGUUUGUUUACAAAUAAUCAGACUAUAAUGCAAAAUAAUUGACAGUAAUGUUGCACUUGUUUAUGAAAGAUAUACUUUAAGUUUUUCCAUGGGUGCACACAUAGACACACAUACACACAAACUACUGCAUUGAGAAUCCUGGAGCUGUGUUGUCGACCAUAGGCCAAGCUGCUGAAGCUGUUAUUUUCGGUCAGGAAGAAAGUUAACCUGUCAUGAAGGUAUAAAAUAAUUUAGUAGUGAAUGUUUUUCUCUACCAUCCAUGUGCAAUUAUGCUCUUAAACUCUAUUACACUACAUGAAAGUAAGUGGACAUUCCAGAAUAUAGAUGUGAUUAUAUAAUCUUAAACUAAUUAUUAUUAAACCAAUGAUUGUUGAAAAUCAAUGAUGCAUUUGUUAUAGAGUAUAACUCAUCGUUUAUGUUUUAGGUGAUGUCAUCAUAACAAUAGAAGGUGAAUAAAGUAUUCCCAGUGAAUUUAUAUAGCAGUGAAGAAUUACAUGCCUUCUGUGGACAUUUUAUAACCCCAGAGACUUGGGAACGGAAAGAACAGGAACUUCAAAGACCUACUUCCCACAUAGAAGCACGCACCCACCAUGGCUUACACCAGCAAAGGAAGAGAAAGAGGUCUGAACCUCUCUCUGAAGGAUCCUCCAGGUUGGCUGGUCUGGGAUGACCUCAUCUGAGAUGACUUGUCUCUGCUGAGCAUGGUUUCAGCAGCAGCAUGUUAGCCCU